AUGGACAUACUCCUUAUAUUCGAUGCAACCCGUGACACUAUUACAUCCGUUCUUGAUAGGUAUCAAGAAUUCUGUAUUGGCUGUGGUAGUACAUCGGAUGAUGGUGGUAGGAUGGGGUCUGACUUUAUAGUUUGUGCUCUUCAGGAGAGGCAAAAAGAUGUCCAUUCCAGCCGGAACAAAGUGAAGAUCUUGCACAAAAAGGUCCAAGGAACGGCAAACUUACUAUCGAGUUUGCUGGACCAUGGGAAUGGAUCCUCCCUCAAGCAGCUUGCAGAGGAAGCCAGGAAAGAGAACAUCGCGAUGCGGCAACUCACAGAGAAAAGCACGAAAGAUGCUGCAGCAGUCAAAGUACUUACCAUCAUCACGUUGAUUUACCUACCCGCGACGGUCGUAUCAAACUUUUUCUCAACGCAAUUCGUUAGUCAGGAGCAACAUGAAGGAGGUAGUAACCGGACAGUGGUUUCCUCAAAUGCGUGGCUAUUUGCUGCUAUUUCCAUACCACUGACUUUGGGUACACUGGCGGUCUGGUGGGUGUGGGUACAAUACCAGACACAGAAAUCGCGGUGGCCAAAGAGAAACACGGAUCAGUCUGCAUGGAAAACGUUCCUCGCAUCACGUCGAAUCCUCUGGCUCACGCAAAACUAG